GUGUGACGCGCGAGGAAACAGAGAGAGGGAGUUAGAGAGAGAGAGAGAGAAAGAGCGUGCACGAGUGUGCGAGAGAGUGGAUGAGAACGCGGCACACAGGACGACAACGGCGACGACGAGGACCGACACGGACGAGGACGGGAUCGCGAGAGUACGGCCGGUGUUUUGUUUGGGAAGAGAAGAAGGCGAACGUGCGAGUUAAGGAGGGUGGCCUGCAAGUGACGGGGAAGACGAGCGCGAGCCAGUCGCGGCAAAACGGCUGCACGCCAAGAAAAGACGACUCGGACAGAGUGCAAACACGCCACUCGCAUGAAAUUUAAGAGGAGACGAUCCUCUUGCGUGCUCAGGGAGGAACAACUCAAGCCUCGUUUGUGUGUUUGAAACGAAAGAAUUUAAUAAAAAAAAAAUAAAAAAUGACAACUUUAGCUGAGCAAGCAUCUAAAUUACUGGAUUUUAACCAGAAAUUGGAUAUUACGCUUCUCGACAAUAUAGUAGGAUGUAUGUACACGGGAAUAGGUGAACAGCAACGGAUUGCACAAGAGGUGCUGACUACGUUAAAAGAACAUCCGGAUGCAUGGACAAGAGUUGAUACAAUUUUAGAAUUUUCACAGAAUCAGCAAACAAAAUACUAUGCAUUACAAAUUCUGGAACAAGUAAUAAAAACUCGAUGGAAAGUUUUACCACGAAAUCAAUGCGAAGGUAUCAAGAAAUACAUUGUAGGCUUGAUUAUAAAGACAAGCAGUGAUCCUACAACUCUUGAAACUUCCAAAGUUUAUCUUAAUAAAUUAAAUAUGAUUCUUGUUCAGGUAUUAAAGCGAGAAUGGCCAAAAAACUGGGAAUCUUUUAUUGAUGAUAUUGUAGGUGCCAGUAAAACAAAUGAGAGUCUCUGUCAAAAUAAUAUGGCUAUUUUGAAGCUUUUAUCAGAAGAAGUAUUUGACUUUUCUAGUGGACAAAUGACGCAAACAAAGGCAAAACAUUUAAAAGAUACAAUGUGCAACGAAUUUUCACAAAUUUUUCAACUCUGUCAAUUUGUCAUGGAUAAUUCACAAAAUGUUUCGUUAGUGGCUAUUACCUUGGAAACUCUUUUAAGAUUUUUAAAUUGGAUUCCCUUAGGAUAUAUUUUUGAAACAAAGCUUAUCACAACCUUAAUAUUUAAAUUUUUAAACGUUCCAAUAUUCAGAAAUGUAACAUUGAAGUGUUUAACCGAAAUUGCUGCAGUGACUGUAUCCAAUUACGAUGAUAUGUUUAUUGUGCUAUUUGUAAACACAAUGGAACAACUAGAACAAAUGUUAUCCUUGGAGACGAAUAUACGUGAUGCUUACGCGAUCGGUCAAGAUCAAGAACAAAAUUUUAUUCAAAAUCUUGCCAUGUUCCUAUGCACUUAUCUAAAGGAACAUGGUCAAUUAGUAGAAAACAAACAGUUGAAUGAGAAUUUACUGAAAGCAUUACAUUAUCUCGUGUUGAUUUCAGAAGUGGAGGAAGUAGAAAUUUUCAAAAUCUGUUUAGAAUAUUGGAAUGGACUUGCUACUAACCUUUACAGGGACAAUCCAUUAUCUUCACCAGUACCACUUUUUAUAAAUAAAAAUAUGACUCUUCCACCACGAAGAGUAUUUUACUCUCAAGUUCUAACUAAAGUGCGUUAUAUUAUGAUUAGUAGGAUGGCCAAACCAGAGGAGGUGCUUGUUGUUGAAAAUGAAAAUGGUGAAGUCGUAAGAGAAUUUAUGAAAGAUACUGAUGCAAUUAAUUUGUAUAAAAAUAUGAGGGAAACUUUAGUGUAUCUGACUCAUCUUGAUUGCGUUGAUACUGAACGCGUUAUGACUGAAAAACUACAAAAUCAAGUAAAUGGUUCUGAAUGGUCUUGGAAAAAUCUUAAUACGUUGUGCUGGGCUAUAGGUAGUAUUUCUGGUGCAAUGCAUGAAGAAGAUGAAAAGAGAUUUUUAGUUACAGUUAUUAAAGAUUUGCUUGGAUUAUGUGAACAAAAAAAGGGUAAAGACAAUAAAGCUAUUAUUGCGAGUAACAUUAUGUAUGUUGUUGGUCAAUAUCCGCGAUUUUUAAGAGCACAUUGGAAGUUCUUGAAAACGGUUGUCAACAAGCUUUUUGAAUUUAUGCAUGAAACGCACGAGGGUGUGCAAGAUAUGGCUUGUGACACUUUUAUUAAAAUUGCACUGAAAUGUAGACGGCAUUUUGUGACUGUACAACUUGGUGAAGCUAUGCCUUUUAUAGAUGAAAUUUUAUCUACUAUAAGCACAAUUAUUUGUGAUCUUCAGACGCAACAGGUACACACUUUUUAUGAAGCAGUAGGAUACAUGAUUGGAACGCAAACAGAUGCUGUAAUGCAAGAGCAUUUGAUAGAAAAAUAUAUGCUUCUACCUAACCAAGUUUGGGAUGAAAUUAUUAAUCAAGCAGCUAAGAACGUCGAGGUACUGAAAGAUCAAGAAGCUGUGAAACAACUUGCUAGCAUUCUCAAAACAAAUGUUAGAGCGUGUAAAGCCCUUGGGCACCCUUACAUGAUUCAGCUAGGGAGAAUAUAUUUAGAUAUGUUAAAUGUGUAUAAGGUAAUGAGUGAAAAUAUAAGUGCUGCAAUAGCUUUGAACGGGGAAAUGGUAAUGAAGCAACCAUUGAUUAAAAGUAUGAGAGUUGUUAAAAAGGAAACACUUAAAUUAAUAGCAGAUUGGAUUGAUAGGUGUACUGAUCAUCAAAUGGUCUUGGAUAAUUUCAUACCGCCUUUAUUGGAUGCAGUGCUUUUAGAUUAUCAAAAGACAAAUAUUCCUUGUGCCAGAGAGCCUGAAGUGCUUAGUGCAAUGGCCAUAAUAGUAAAUAAACUUGAAGGUCAUAUUACCAGCGAGGUGCCCAAAAUUUUUGAAGCUGUAUUUAAAUGUACACUUGACAUGAUUAACAAAGACUUUGAAGAAUUUCCGGAACAUAGAACAAAUUUCUUCCUAUUGCUACAGGCAGUGAAUGCUCAUUGUUUCCCUGCAUGCCUUUCGAUACAACCAGUUCAAUUCAAAUUAGUUCUUGACUCUGUUAUCUGGGCUUUUAAACACACUAUGAGGAAUGUUGCUGAUACUGGAUUACAAAUCCUGUAUCAAUUAUUUAGAAAUAUGGAAAAACAUGAAGAAGCUUCCCAAAGCUUCUAUCAAACAUACUUCACGGACAUUCUUCAACAUAUAUUUAGUGUUGUUACAGAUACAUCACAUACAGCUGGUCUGACAAUGCAUGCAACUAUUUUGGCAUACAUGUUUACGUUAGUUGAAUUAGGAAGAAUCAAAGUAUCAUUAGGCCCUAUACCAGUUAACACUUUGUACGUUCAAGAAUUUGUAGCGAGAUUGCUAAAUGCAGCUUUCCCUCAUUUAACAGAAAAUCAAAUUAAGAUUACAGUUCAAGGUCUUUUUAAUCUUAAUCAAGAUAUCCCAGCUUUUAAAGAACACUUGAGAGAUUUUCUUGUUCAAAUAAGAGAAUAUACCGGCGAGGAUGACUCUGAUUUGUAUUUGGAAGAAAGAGAAAGUGCCCUACGUAUGGCCGAAGAAGAAAAAAGGCGACUGCAGAUGUCUGUACCAGGCAUUAUUAAUCCUUAUGAAAUUCUAGAAGAAAUGCAGGACUGAAUAAUUCGUGAAAACCCCAUCAAUGUUUUCUGCACACCAGAACAAAUGACGCUCUGCUGUAGGUACAAUCGUUCUUCUUUACCUGCAACCAAUCCUACCACCACUAUCGAAUAUGCAAACGUACAACACAGGACACACGUUAAUUAAAAGACGAGAAACAAAAAAAAAUGACGAGUGUAAAAUAUAACUAUUUGCCCAUUGUUAAAAGGGUAAAACAAAGAAACGCGAUGACUGUUUGUUUAUCUGUUAUAAGAUUUUAAAAAUGAAAAUGAAGUUUUUGUUGUGGGUAAAAAUGUGAAAUGCCUUGCUUGGCGAUGCUAUUUCGUGUACGCUUACAGUUGAACUAACAACUACGUUUCUUACAUAGAAAUGAUAGUAAACAAGGAAUGCGGUGGUAAACGAACAAUAAACUAAAAUGAAAAUUAGUAAUGUUAUUCUGUGAGUUUACGAACGUAUUGAGACAUUGUGUUUGCGUGUGUGAAAUAUCAUUUAAUUUUUUGAUCUUAAUAUUCGUCAAGUCCCUAUAAUUAUGACACAAGGCAGCUCUAACGUUCAACUUUCUGUCACUGAAAAAAUAAUAAUUUGUUAUGCUAAAGUUAAAUGUGACGAGUGCGACAGCUGAACGUGCACUUUUCUCUUCUUGCUCAUAAUUACGAUUACAAUCAUUGAAAGUAUGUAUUAAGCCAAGGAUGACUCGAGUGUGCAAGUGCGAGUGAGAACACCAGAUAAAUAUAAAAAAUCUAGUGCAUUAAAUGGGAUCGCCGUAGCAGGGUUUUAAGCGAUAUAAAUGUGCUAGACGAAUAUGUGUGUUUUUAACCGAGUGAAGUUGUAUUAUAAUAUUAAUAUUACAGUUACUUAUAUCAACUGCGAGUCUUGAAUUAUUGGCACCAUGUAAAUUAAAGAAAAAACAUAAUCGCAAAUUACUGUUGGUGUUUUGAAGGAAUACCAUACGCUCAUGUUUGAUAAAAUAGUAAAAUGCUAUUUAGAGUCCUCCAACAUUAAACAAAUACAAUUUUUACGAUACAUUUUGUUAGAAUCAAAGCAUUUCUUCAUUUU